CCUGCGCUCUGUCACUUACCAUUCCAACUGUCGCCGCCCACCAUGGCUUCCGCGAAUGCAUUCUAGAGGGUGGUCCAGUCGUUGCGCAUUCAGUACUCACGAUGGGACCACCCUCUCAGAGUUCUGCAUCUUCAACCACAGCCUAGAUCUACUACUAUCGUCGACGCAUCGAGCCUAAAGCCAAGAGUUAUAUUUUAUCCUUCCAGAUCACGAUAUCAUAUCACUACAACCUCUACCUACCGUAUCUCUCAACCCUCCUUCGCCUGCCCCGUCGUUAGACGACCUACGCCACAAUGCCUCGCAGAGCCACCCAACAAUUGGUGGGGCGUAGAGUCACCACAAGGACGUCCCGCACCGUCGCGACCGUCGUGGACAACUCGCUUCAUGCCCCUCCGACUCCGAUCCCCUCUAACCUCAACACCCCGCUGAGUUCUGCCUAUCCGUCAACCUAUGCCUCCGAGACUGAGGGGGACGUUGACGGGGAGAUCGGCGGAGAAGUCGAUGAGGAUGUCGCCAAAGCCAUGGGCGCAUUAACCUUGACUGGCUCUUCCGAAGCGACUGGUGAAGCUUCUGCUCCCCCGAAACCUCUAUCCAGACUAGCCAGAAGAAAAGAAAAGCCGUUUCCCUUCCUAGAGCUGCCGGCCGAGUUACGAGUUAAGAUCUACGAAUACUUCUUCGACGACACCCACUACGUUCUCGACCUGGACCCGGACAACUACAAGCGCAUCCACAAGAAGCUGGGCUUCUUCCGCACCUGUCGGACCAUCAGCCUCGAGGCCGGCUACCUCUUCUACAGCACCCACACCUUCCGCAUCUUCCCCACGCACCCGGGCAAGCACUUCAAGACCAAGAAGCCUCUGCUCGCGCGCAUGAGCGCCCGCCAGCGCUCCUGGAUCACCAGCCUCGAGAUGCGCCUCGGCCCCGGCUGGAACAAGCCCCCGCGCGGCUGGGUCGUCAACCCGGCCCUGGGCCUGCACGAGUGCACCAGCGUGCGCAAGCUGACCGUCUUCGUCGAGUGCGACCCCAGCGACGGCAUUUUUAACGGCUUCCGUCGCGCUGACGACUUUUACGAGGGCUUCUCCCGUGGUCUGCUGACGGACGUGCUAACUGAAAUGCCGCUCGUCGACCACGUUACUUUUGACGCCUGGAGCAGCGUCCGGAAGAAGGGCGCCAUGAUGCGCGGGCUGAUCAACACGGUGCUGUCGCAUGGAAAGCAGAUUCAGUGGGGCCCAGAGAGGGGCUGGACUGAUUUGGAUGAUGAAGAGGAUAUUGUGGUUCCUACGAAUGAUAUGGUGGCUACUGCGCUGCUCAAUGGCGUCGGUAUGGAUGUUGUCAUCGUUGCUUGAAGUGCAAGGAUGUGUUAAACAGUGAAUGGCAUGAUAAGUGGUUUGGGAGCAUAUGUUUGGGUUGGGGCAGGCGUUUUUGGG